AUGACAGGACAGCAGACAGCCGCGCUACAAGAUGCCGCCGGCGCAUCCGCAGAGCUUCAGCAGCAAGUGGAAAACCUGAAAGCCGAAGCCGCGCAGGUGCCGGACUUGCGCAGCAAACUUGCCGAGUUUGAGGCCAGGCAGGAGUCUGCCAGCCACGAAGUCGAAAGACUCACUGCGGAAGCAGCGGAGGUGUCAGCACUGAAGGCACAGAUCGCUGAAAUGGAGGUGCAGCGCGCGGCUGCAGUCCAGGACGCUGCUGGCGCAUCGCUAAAAACCGAGGCUGCGCAGGAUGAGCGAAAGUUCCAGAUGUCAGCGUCCACCAAAGCCUUCUAUCCCAACCAGCAAAGCAUCGAAGAGAAGAUCAGAAGCGCCGUUAAAGCUGCGCACCAGCGUGCGAAGCAAGAGCGGGGCGAAUUGGCAGCACCUCCACGAGGACACGACCAGUGGGUGAAUCCAAAUGCCGCCUGGGGAUCUGGCUAUGACCAGACCGGCUACAGUUGGGCACAAGCCUACCAUCCAGCUUACACCCAAGCACCUGCGUACGACGAGUUCUACGCCCCGUCGUGGAACAACCAGAUGGGCUAUGCGCAGGGACAACAUUGGCAGAACUGCUGCGCGACUGCCGAAGGAGCAAGCGCUGCCUGUGGCGGGGAUUGCUACAACUACUACGGCGGAAACUAUUCUGGCUAUGGCCAGGCCCAUUGGCAAAACGCAGCAUGGGGCGCGUACAACGAGUUCUACGCCCCGUCGUGGAACAACCAGAUGGGCUAUGCGCAGGGACAACAUUGGCAGAACUGCUGCGCGACUGCCGAAGGAGCAAGCGCUGCCUAUGGCGGAGAUUGCUACAACUACUACGGCGGAAACUGUUCUGGCCAUGAUGUGCCCGCGAGUUGCCGGUGCGGCCGCAGCCAGUGCCAUGUGGAGCAGAAUCCGGCGGCGGUUGGAGCCUUGUUCGUGGCAGUUUCGAGAGGGCUUGGGGGCUCCAGUGAAUCGAACCCGAACCCAGCGCUCUCAGCCCCAAGUCCCGACUCCGAACUCGAGCUUGGACCCGAAGCCUCCAAUCCUCCUGGGGAACCUUUUCAAGCACUUUGA